AUGGACCACCGCCUCAAAACUCCAAUGUAUUACUUUCUCAAGAAUCUCUCCUGGAUGGAGAUCAUCAUCACCACAACUGUCACACCCAAGAUGCUCCGCAUACUCAUUUUAGAAGACAACACCAUAUUUUUAGCUUCCUGUGUUCUGCAACUGUACAUUUAUUUUGUGGCUGGUGCCACUGAAAUAUUCUUGUUAGCUGCUAUGUCAGUAGAUCGCUAUAUGGCCAUCUGCAACCCACUGAGGUAUACAUCUAUAAUGAGAACUCAGAUUUGCCAAUUGAUGGUACUCACUUGUUGGUUGUGGGGUUUCCUUUCUGUAACAACUCCCGUGACACUGACCAUCACAUUGCCUUUCUGUGGCCCCAACAUUAUAGACCAUUUUUUCUGUGACAGUGGUCCUCUGCUUGAUAUGUUUUGUGCUGAUGUUCAGGUUGUCCAAACCUUAAACUUUGUACUCUGUUGCUUGACCAUUUUGAGCUCUGUAUCUGUGACCACUGUCUCCUAUAUCUGGAUUGUUGUUACUGUGAUGAAGAUUCCCUCUGCCGAAGGCAGGAAGAAAGCCUUUAGUACCUGCAGCUCUCACAUCACUGUUGUAUCACUCUAUUAUGGUAGCACCAUGUUCAUCUACAUCAAGCCAGCUGGCAGAUCCUCUAUGGACCUCAACAAAGUGGCCACGUUACUUAACACAGUGGUAACCCCUUUACUCAAUCCCAUCAUUUACACCUUCAGGAACAAGAUUGUGAAGGAAGCUGUGAAAGAUUCUCUUAGGAGAAUGUGGUUUGGUGUUCCAAAGUGA